UACCUUUCUGUCAGACUCUUAAUUAGCAGGAGCACACAGCCUGCGCAGCUGUGGCUUUGAUGCCUUGCUCACUAUUACUUCCUACUCAGAAGAUUUCCAUUCAUUCCGAGUUGGUAUCCAGCCCAAAGCCCUGACUUCCCCCCGAGACCCUCAGCAUGUCUACAGGGCUCCAGUUUAGUAUUCACUGGAAGAGCUGCUCUGAUGCUCCCUCGCUAGACCUACAGGCUGCUGGUUGGAGCCAUAAGGGAACGGGAGGAAGAAUUAGCCUGUGUGUUUAUGUGGCUGUGCUCCAGUAAAUAUUUUGAUGCAUCUGCUGCCAGCUCUGGUCUGAGGGAAUAUACCUAGCAUUUAAAUUUUGAUGGGGAGCUGUUUUGAAUAAUAACAGUGCAGCCGGCUGUGAGUCAGUGCAUGUGUGUUGACUUAAAAAAAACCCUCAAAGCUUAACGCUUGCUGAAUGCCGAGCUGCAGUGCUUUGCUUUUUUCCCUCCUCCUCCUUCCUUCUUUUCUUUCUUGUCUGGACUUCCUCUGUUUUGUUUUGUUCUUGGGGGCAUUUCACAUAGAUUUUGUUCGCCGUCAGUGGAGGGGUGGGGUAAGAGGAAUAGAAAAAAAAAUCAGCCAAAAUAAAUCCUCCCGAAAAACUCACGAGUAGCUUUUGCAAUGGGUGCUGUCAUGGGUACGUUCUCUUCUCUACAAACGAAACAAAGAAGACCAUCAAAAGAUAAGAUUGAAGAUGAAUUAGAAAUGACGACAGUGUGCCAUAGACCCGAGGGACUGGAACAGCUUGAAGCACAAACCAAUUUCACUAAAAGAGAACUUCAAGUUCUUUACAGAGGAUUUAAAAAUGAAUGUCCUAGUGGGGUUGUUAAUGAAGAAACAUUCAAACAGAUCUAUGCACAGUUUUUUCCUCAUGGAGAUGCCAGCAUGUAUGCACAUUACCUCUUCAACGCUUUUGACACUGCACAGAACGGCUCCGUGAAGUUCGAGGAUUUUGUGAUGGCAUUGUCCAUUCUGCUACGGGGAACUGUUCAUGAAAAGCUGAGAUGGACAUUUAAUCUGUAUGACAUAAAUAAGGACGGCUGUAUAAACAAGGAGGAAAUGAUGGAUAUCGUAAAGGCAAUUUAUGAUAUGAUGGGAAAAUACACAUAUCCAGUGCUCAAGGAGGAUGCACCAAGGCAGCAUGUAGAAGUGUUUUUCCAGAAAAUGGAUAAAAACAAAGAUGGAGUUGUAACUCUAGAUGAGUUUAUUGAAUCAUGUCAGGAGGAUGACAAUAUCAUGCGAUCCUUACAGCUCUUUGAGAAUGUCAUGUAACCAGAUGAGCACUGGGGGAGUCUGAGACUUCUGUGUAACAAAGAUCUCCUUUCUGGGUCAAAGAUUCUACAAUUGAGCCAUAUCCAGUGAGGAUUUUGUAUGGCAUGUCCAACCAAAUGGCAACUGAAUGCAGCUGAUCCCAACUCUUCUCCCCAGAAGAUGCUGGUGGACCUUUGUUUCGUUUUGGAAGCAUGUGAAUAUUUUAACAAAUCCCAACAAGAGAGAACUGCAGCUUGAAGUUCAAUGAGUAAUACAGAGCAUUGUUUUCUAGGCACAAGUCCUGCUUUUAAUCUAGCAAGCUUAGUUCUCUAUGAUAGCCCAUGUUGAUAGCUAUUCAGCCAUCUAUUGCAAGUGACAGCUCAGUCCAUGCCUCUGUUCAGCACAAUGUUCUGUGGAUGCCUUGCUGUUAAUCUGCUUUGACAAAACCCAACCUACAAGGGCAGUCUGUGAAAAAAUGAACAGUCCAUGUAUCUGGGACAUUAAACAGACAGCCCAUGUAGCCAGUAUCCCUAUUUCUGCAGAGAUCCUGCUUAUCCUCUCACAUGCACUGGUACCAUCAUGCUGAGUUUAGUGGAGUUCUUCCUGAGUACUUUAUCGAGGUGAUCUUCAUGCCAGGGUGAGCCAGAAAGGAGCAGAACAUGUUGCACAUGAGUAUAAAAGUACAGAAUAAAUCCUGUUCAGGAAUGGUAAGUUCCCAAGAGACCAGGCAGGUGUGUAAUGGCUGGUACAGAAAGAUGAGCACCUGCUCUAGUCCCAGCCUCCUGCUGAGUCCCAGGGACACCAGGUGGUGCUCCACUGUGCUUCUCCACAGCACCACCAUGUGCUCUGGUUCUAUUGCUGUAGUUUGGCACACACUUCCUACGUUUAUCACUGGAUGUUACAGUAACGUCUUGCCCCCUUUAUGGAUUAAUUUAAGCUUUCUUGUUUGACUUAGUGAAUAACAAAGGCGCAGCUGUGUUUCAACAUACAGACCUUGGCACCCAUAAAGUGCCCAGCACAUUUGAUUGGGAGAUCUUGAAUAGUUAUUAGCCUCAGAAUCAGCUGCCAGGCCCAUAUUUUUUUUUCCUACAAGGUGAUUGUACUUGUACAAGACCCAUAUCUUUGCUAAUGUCAAGUAAAGUAUUGGUUUAGGGGUUUGGUUUUUUAAUUAAUGAAACAGAAAAGCUCAUGUAGUGAAUUUGCACCAAGGCUGGAUGAUUUGUCAGCUGGGAAAUGUCAGAUCCUUCUGUGAAGAAGCCUCCUAGGAAAGCUGACCCACCAGUGCCAUUCCCCAUCUCCAGGAAGAUGAUGGCUGAGAAGAGAAGGGAAGGAGGGAACAACCAACUUUUCCAGCUGUUCAAACCAUGCAGAUGGGACAGUCCCUGCUGUAGUGCUGCAUCACUCCCAUCCAGUAAGCAUCUGUUUUUAUUGUAUCACAUACAAUAUUACAGACCAAGUGUUAGCGCUGAAGAAAUAUUUUAAGAAUUAUGUGUGUGGAAGGUUUCUAUAAUAUGGAAUAUAUAGUAUGCCUCAGUUCUGUAGCCCUAAUUUUAUAAAAAUUUAAUCUAUUGAAGCAUUCCUGAUUAUAGAAGAAGGUCUGAUCAGUCCUGAUAUAAUGAUAAUGCUACUUCCCCAAGAUGGGGUAUUUUCCCCUUUUACUGUGCUCCUCCAUACACUUCUGUAUAGUCAUAACUUUAUUUCUUUAAGUUUUCCCCUUGUCAUCAAAAGUGCUGUUCAAGUGAAGUUACAUGUCUGCAGGAAUGACACCUUCAUCCAUCUUGUUUAUGCCUUUCAUACCAUUAAGUACCAUUAAUGAAUUCUUCCCAGCAGUGAUCCAGCAGCUCUGGUGAAGGACUGGGGUUUGCAGGAGGGAUGCCAUGCUAGGGGAGUACCUUUCUUCCAGUUGUUGGGUAUUGUCAUUUAGGCUGUAAUAACAGGCACUUGGUAAAGGCAUCAGUUGUAGCUGAAAUAAUAAUACACAGUUUACACCAUUCCUUCUUGAUUCUUCUUGCAAUCACUUUAGCAAAUGGCAGAAAUUAAUAUAACUACCAGGUUUUCCUUCCCACCAAAACUGCUUAGUCUAAGCAGUUCAUUCCAGCAGAGGGAGAAGUGCUCAGGACAAUAGAAGUUAAGGAUUUGAAUCAGGCUAGCACAGUGCCUUUUUCCUCUAACAGUCUUGCUUCAAGUGUGCUUAUGAGAUGGCACAUAUAGACAGAAAUGUUUGGAAUGUACCCUUUUCAAAAGAAAAUUAGUUGUAUGAUGCCAUAGACCUUGAAGCUAAUUUUAUUUCUGGAGUUACUGUGAUGCAUUUGUCCCCAGCUGUGUUUCCUGGCCCCGCUGGCAGCAGUUCUGUGGGGGCUGCCUUUGUCACCAGGGCUGUCACUGCUUUCUCUGGAGUGUGGCUCCAACUCAGCAUCAAACAACUGGUGUCACUGUCAUGGUGUGCAUUGCUGAAAUCAGGGUCCUAGCACCGACCCUGCACUUCUGCUAUCUCCUUUGCUGCUCCACUGUGCCUGCUUUUCACUGCUAGGAACAAUGAGGGUGAACCAGGUAGAGAGGAAAUGCUGACAGCCACACCGAGUCUGCCCUUAGAGCAUAACAAGCUUUGAUUAGGAUCCCACUGGAAUCAGACCCCUCCCACACACUCCUGAUGUUCAGCCUGGGUUGAGCUCUGUGCUUCACCUGAGGUAGCUAAGACAGGAAGAAUUGCAAAGUGUCACCCACAGCUGUGUUUUCCUAAAGCUCAGGUUGCAGAAUCUAUCUGUGGCAGAGCCCUUGCCACUGCAAACCCAAUUAUUUCCCUGAUCCCACUGUUUGUCCCUGAUCCCACUGUUACAGCCAGUGGCUGGGAUGCACCAGCGCAUAGAAGACCUCUUGGUUUUCCAUCAACAGCAUCUGUCCAUGGCAGGUGUGCUUCAGACAGCAGGUGAGACAUCAGUGACUGUGAGAGAGCUGCUCUCUGCAUGGAAAUGGCUUUGCAUUUGUUUUUCAUGUUUUCUGUAAACUUGCUGAGCCUCCACUUGCUCAUAAACGGGGCUUGCAAUAUUUAUGACAAACACUACUGCAGAUUUCUAAAUAAAACACACUAUGCUACCCCAGUCUCCCACCCUCAUCAAUCCUCCUGCCAGUAGGCAGAAAGCAGUUCCUGUUACAGUCAGAUUCUGUCAGUGCUAUCAAAUGUGCGCUUUUCCUCCAAGUUAUGAAUGUUUAAAUAAUGUCUGAAUCAGGACUCUGACUGUUUCACUAGUUAAAAACAUUAGUCUGCAUCUUCAUGCCAGCAUUUUAUAAAGAAAGCCUUUCUAAUGUGAAUUUUAGGUAACAAUCUGUUGACAAAUAGGAAUGUGAUAAAUGAUGAGAAAAAAAAGAAAAAAACUACUGUGCCUGUUCUAUGGCUGUUUGCUUUCCUGUUCCUCUGAAUGCAAUGCAGUAUUGUGAGUAAUCAUGAGCCAGGCUAAAAGCCUGAGACACAAAUACGCUGAGGUUCAGGCAUCAUGGGCAGAGACAUUUCCUGACUGAAGUACGUGUUGAGAACAAACACCCUUGUGUCCAUGAGUCGCCUCUAAUAAGAUGGUAGCAGCAGUGUGUCAAACUUUGCUUCUUCUUUAUGGAAGUGCCAUGAAAGACAUAAGGAUAUGUGCAAAUAAUGUAAAUUGCGAUAACUAAAGCCAUGUUAAUGGAUCAGCCAUGUACAACUUCAUUGUUACAAAUGCUAUUCUCUGAUGGCAAUUUGCAUUCAAUUUUGUUGAAUGGUUUUAAAGAUGUUGGUUUUAAUAAUAAAAAGAAAUAGCUGUAGGAAGGUGUCCUUUCUUAAAC